AUGGCACUUCUUUGGCCUGCAUUGGUUGAUGGUCAGUCGAACUUGCUCCGCCCAUUAGAUGCCGAAUUUCCAAAAGAAACGAAAAUUCACUGCAAAAUUUAUCCCAAUUAUGCUAUUCAAAUCACUAACCAGGAAGGAUUACAAAUAAUAAUUGAUGUUCAAACUGACCGAAAAAAUCCAAUGCCCCUUAAUAAAAUAUUACAGUGCGAGGUUCAAGAAGGGCAAAUAGUUAAUCCCAAAACUGUCCUUUUUAUCGUUUAUCUUGAAGAACAAGUUAUUAGUGUCUCAGUUUAUAUUCCCUGA